AGGUUCCUCAACAACUCAACUCAACUCUUUUCCUUGCAAGCAUCAAAGCUUUCUCUGUUACCAACUCCUUUGAAUUCUUAUCUUCUGCUUCAAGCCUUCAAUCACAUAAACGAUGGGUUUCCGAUUGCCUGGAAUCUCUAACACAAAGAGAAGUCUUACUCCAUACCAAACCGUUUCAAAGACAUCAGAUAUCCCAAAAGGCUACUUUGCGGUCUAUGUUGGGGAGAGCCAGAAGAAACGAUUUGUGGUUCCAAUAUCAUAUUUGAACCAACCUUUGUUUCAGGAUUUGCUGAGUCAAGCUGAAGAAGAAUUCGGAUACCAUCAUCCAAUGGGUGGUAUCACAAUUCCUUGCAGUGAGGACACCUUCCUGGAUCUCACUUCCCACCUAAGUGUGUGAGUCAUGCCCUAAUGAAGUGGAUACCUUGGAUCCAAAACAUCCUCAUUUGGAAUAUCACGGCUGAUUCAAGUUGAAGAAGAGGCUCGCAGCUGAUAACUUCAUCAUCUACUGGAUCAAACCGCCUCUUGCACCGAGGAGAAAUCUGCUGUAUUUCCUCAAGCUGCUUCUGACCUGAGAAGAAAGAUGUCCAAAAGUUUGAAGAAGAAUCAAAUCAUGAUUUCUAUGUUACAUGAACUCUUCAAAGCAAUUCAUCUGAAGUUCUUGACUCCAAUUUUGAACACAAAUGCGGUCAAAUUCUGUGUUUUGAACCCCAUGUAGAACUUUCUUGUUCUCGAGAACCAUGAGAAUAUAUAGUAUAUAUUUCAAAUCCUGCUAAA